AAAGAAAGAAAGAAAGAGAAAGAAAAAAGAAAAACAUGAACAGGAUUCCGGUGAGUUUGUCCUCAGAUCCAACCUGCAUUGUCCUGGUUGGUGCUGGGAACAUUCUUAGCGCCUGCUCUGACAUGCGGGUGCACCCUCAGUGUCAGGCCAGUUGUGCGCUCUCGCUGUCGAAGCUUUUUUUUGUUGGGAAGUUUCUGUAAGUGAGUCAACGCGGCACAGGGAGGACGCCACCCAGCACCGCCGCUGGAUCCAGCGCCGGGCUUCUCUUCUCCUCCGAGGACACAAAGACAACUUCGCGUCGGUCUCUGCACCACAGCUGGGGAUUUAGUUCGUGCCCUUCGCUCUCCGGGGAUGGUUUUUGUCGCUUUAUUGUCGCUUUUUCCUCUUUGGAAUUAACGCGGAGGAGAAAUGAAAGUGACGGUGUGUUUCGGGAGGACCCGGGUGGUCGUUCCGUGUGGAGAUGGGAAUAUAAAAGUCCACAGUCUCAUCGAAAAAGCGGCCAUGAGGUAUAAAAAGGCGAUUGCAAAGGACCUUAGCUACUGGGUCCAGGUCCACAGGCUGGAAUAUGGAGACGGAGGCAUUUUGGACCUGGAUGACAUGCUGUGUGACGUGGUGGACGACAAGGACAGGCUCAUCGCUGUGUAUGAAGAACAGGAUCCUCACAACGGAGGUGACGGCACCAGCGCGAGCUCCACAGGUACACAGAGUCCCGAACCCUUCGCCAGUGACAUGAGCUCGGCAUCUGCCUUCCAGCCCUACCAGACCAGCAGUGAGAUCGAGGUCACGCCAUCCGCCCUGCGAUCCAACAUGCCUCUCCAUGUCCGUCCCAGCAGCGAUCCCUCCCUCGUCGACCUUCCUCCUGGUGAAGUCGCAGUUGGUCCGAAGGAACCGUCCAGAAAGAACCCGAGUCGCUGGUCCACAACUGCUGGCUUCCAAAAGUACAACCACAAACCAAACACAAGCGCUGGUACUGGCAGCCUGGAACGAAAGGGCAGAGGAGCCCACGCUUACCGGAGCCUUCCACGGGACGCGAGUGGCUGGUCCACUCAGUUCCAGAGAGAGAUGACUCGAUCCUCCCUGAGCGCCAACCAUCCAAUGGUGGACCAGUGGCUCGACAGACAGGAGCAGGAGGAGGAGGAAGAAGAGCAGAGGAAACAAGAAAGGCGGAUUGAGCGGAUAGAGCCAGUAGGGAGGGCUGACUCCUCAUUGGACCAUUCACCGGCGUUAAGUCUAGAAGGCAUGCUCAAGCCGGUCGAGGUGUCCAAUGAAGGAGGGCCCCUGGGGAUCCACGUAGUGCCUUUCAGUUCGCAGGAUGUCAGGACUCAGGGUUUGCUCGUGAAACGUCUGGAGCAGGGAGGCAAAGCUGAACAGGAACGUCUCUUCCAGGAGAACGACUGCAUCGUCAAGAUAAACCAGGGAGACAUCCGCAACCUGCGCUUCGAACAAGCCCAGAACAUUUUCAGGCAUGCCAUGCGUUCCCCGGUCAUCCUCUUCCAUGUGGUCCCCGCAGCCCUGAAGAGGCAGUACGAGCUGCUGUCAGCCCACAGUGAACUCAGCCCACCCCAGCCCAACAGAGUCUACUUCAGCCAAACCCCUCAGCAGCCAGGGGACAGGUCCAGUCUAGUGGGUGGGCCGGCGUCCAGGCCUGGACCACAACCUGGCCUCGGCCACAACCACCAGGGCCCCCUGGCAGGAAGCACACCUGAGCCGAGCCGUCGUUACACCACGCUACCACACACCUUGGUCUCCAGGACCUCGUCAGCCCCCUCCCCCUCCCUGCAGCGCAGGGUAAGCACAAACCCGUCCACCAGCUCCUACCUAAAGACCAAAGGCCACAGAUUCAACAUCCAGCUGAAGAAAGGCCAAGAGGGUCUUGGGUUCAGCAUCACAUCCAGAGACGUCCCCAUUGGCGGCAGCGCUCCCAUUUAUGUCAAAAACAUCCUUCCCCGAGGAGCCGCCAUCCAAGAUGGCCGACUGAAAGCUGGAGAUCGGCUGCUGGAGGUCAGUGGAGUGGACCUCGGUGGUAAGACUCAGGAGGAGGUGGUGGCCCUGCUACGAGCCACACCCAUGGGUGGGACUGUGAACCUGUUGGUGACUCGCCAGGAGGACUCCCUGCUGCCCCGAGAAGUGAAACCAGAGGAACAUGACAUGGUGUUAACCCCUGAUGGUACACGAGAGUUCAUGACCUUUGAGAUCCCCCUGAAUGACUCAGGCUCCGCAGGCCUGGGUGUCAGCGUCAAGGGCAAUCGGUCCAAGGAGAGCCAUGCCGACUUGGGCAUCUUUGUGAAAUCCAUUAUCAAUGGAGGGGCUGCUAGCAAGGAUGGACGCCUACAUGUCAAUGACCAGCUCAUUGCAGUCAAUGGGGAGUCGUUGCUCGAGAAGACCAACCAGGACGCCAUGGAAACGCUGCGCAAAUCCAUGUCUGUUGAGGGCAACAAGCGAGGGAUGAUCCAGCUCAUCGUGGCCCGGCUGGUGGCCAAAAACAGUGAGGACGCCCCUGGCAGCCCUCCGGUUUUAGUGCAUCCCAUGAACUCUUUACUGGACAACCACGAGCGCCGUAUCUCCCACUCUCUGUAUGAAACCAUCGAAGGCUUGGACAACAUCUCGACGCCUCGGGCUAACGCAGUCGGACGGAUUGGUAACUACCAGCUCUCUCCGACUGUGAACAUGCCACAGGACGACAUAGUGAUGAUCGAAGAUGAUAGGCCACCCCUGCUUCCUGCCCACCUUUCUGACCAAUCGUCUUCCAGUUCCCACGAUGACAUGGGCUUUGUGGGAGAGAAUCCGGUGCCCUGGAUCCUCGACGUGCCCGGUCAGGAUGAAUGCACACUUAGUCCGGACAUAGACCCUGAUGGUGCGUUCCAGAGAGAGGGCUUCGGCCGCCAGAGUAUGUCAGAGAAACGCACCAAACAGUACGAUAAUCCCGCACAUCUGGAGAUCAUCAAGACCCGCAAGUCCAAGAGCAUGGAUCUAGGCUCUGCUGAACAAGCGGUCGGACCCUCGCUGGGCCUGAAAAAGUCCAGCUCCCUCGAAAGCCUCCAGACGGCGGUUGCUGAGGCAACACUGAAAAGUGAGAUCAACGUUAACAGGCCACGCUCGCGGAUCGUCAGGGGCCGCGGCUGCAAUGAGAGCUUCCGAGCUGCGAUUGACAAAUCGUACGAGAAACCUGGUGUCACGGCGGCAGAGGAAGAGAACAGCAUGGAGACGUUGGACGAGGAUACAGAGGGAAGUUCCCGAUCAGGCCGCGAGUCAACGUCCGCCAGCGGUGACCUCGUUGUGGGUCCUGGGCUGAACGGCAGCCUCACCAAAGAUGACAGACGCAGAGACGGGGACAAGGUUGGAGGGAAGGAGAGGAAGAAACCUGAAAGAGAUAAAGAGGAGAAAGACAAGGACAAGAUCAAAGCCAAGAAAGGCGUGCUGAAGGGCCUGGGCGAGAUGUUCAGGUUUGUAAAGCACCGGAGGGAUGAGCGGCCAGGAGACAGGAUGGAGAGGAAGAGCUCCAGCAAAUCUAAAGCCGAGGACGUGCAGGCGUCAGAAGAGGAGACCCUGCGGAUGAAGCUGGAACAGGAGAGAAUACAGGCCAAGAUGCGGGAACUUCGGGAGAAGCAGGCGAAGGAGAGGGAAUAUGCCGAGAUCCAAGAUGUUGUCAGCCGCACCUUCAGCUCAGAUGAAGAGCACACCUACGCUGGCAUCGGAUCAUUAAACUCGUCUGUAGAUAGCAGCAGCAUGGACCCUUACAACCACCACUACCAUCUCCCUCAGAGUCCACAGAGCCCUCACCUUCCCCUGAGCCUUCCGGACGGUCCACCCCUGGAAGCUCUGUAUGCACAGGUCAACAAGCCUCGCAAUGGACGUCCUGCAGCUCCAGACAGCAGUCAGAUGGCUCCCAGUAACCACGACCGGAUACAAAGGCUGAGGCACGAGUUCCAGCAGGCCAAACAGGAGGAGGACCUCGAGGACCAUCGGCACACCUACAGUUUCGACCAGUCCUGGGUGAGCAACGGGACAGAGACACAGAGUGGACGUCAUUCUGUCACAGUUGAGACUCAGGUUCAGAAACAGCAGCAAGAGGACAGAGACGGUUUCCAGCAAACACAGAGACAGUACAGCUCCCUGCCACGGCAGCCUCGCAAGAACCCCAGCACGUUGUCCCAGGACUCAUGGGACAAGGUGUACAUGCCUACAGACGGAUUCCAGACAUCCAAGGAGAUCCCUCGCUACUCAGGCGUCCAGGGAUCACGUAAUGGCUACCUGGGAACAUCCAGUUUCAACGCCCGUGUCCUCUUAGAAACUCAGGAGCUGCUGAGACAGGAGCAGAGACGCAGAGAGCAGGAGGCCAACAAGGCCAGGCCGCCUCCUGCGCAGGAAACCCCCAGCAGCAGCACCUACGACCACAACAGAGACCACAUUCAGGCCCCCAGCUCAGCCCCAGUGCAGCCUCCACCUCAGUCCAAGGGCCCCUACCGACAGGAUGUGCCCCCAUCUCCUUCUCAGCUCGCAAAGCUCGGCAGGCUUCAGGGUUCAGAGAAAGGAAGGCCGUUUUACUCCUGAGACAGUAACGAGGAACUGGAAAGUAGUAGUUUUGGGAGAUUAGGAGCAUUAACAGGGAAAAAUACAGAGAGGGCAAUAAGUCAUUUUUAAAUUUUUUAUUUUUCUCUGCAAAAUGCUGAGACCUUCAUGGGACUGUUGAUAUAAAUGUUAAUAUUUAAAAAAAGAAGAUUUUUUUAUGAUAUGAACAAUGAUCCUUUUUAGCUGUAUCAAAAAGAAAUGAUUUGAGACGCUUUAUUAUCCACCAUCAGAUUUAUUGAACUAUGUGCCUUCUCCUCCAUUGACGGUUCACCUUUUGUAGGCACCAGCCCCUUUUUGUUGAGCUCUUGAUCUGCAGCUUUGACCCAUCCAUCUGACGCACUGAGUACAGCAGACAUCACAGCAGAAGGAGGCGAUUGGUUUUGGCCAUCACUGCAUCACCACGUCUGACGGACAUCAGUCUGGCCUAAGCAUCAUAACCCCGAGCACAGGGCGCGGCCUGGGCAUGUUUUUGUACCACGUUGGGUCCUGGUGGGGAUCUCAGUCGAUAUCAUGCAUGUGUGAAUCCGGCUUAUUUUUGCUGUUGGUGGGGACUUUGUCAGGCUCUACUGUACACGUGUGUGUGUGUGUGGGUUUAGGUGCAGGCAGGAGCUGGCAUAGUAGUAGUGAGAGUGUGGAUGUUAAGCAGCUUGUGUGAACUGUGGAGUCAGAGCUUGGGCUUUGGGCAUGGCCGCCCCCCCCCCCCCCCCCCCCCCCCCCCCCCCCAGUGCAGAGAAAUGUCCCUCUUGGUUUCUGAUACAACACCACCCUGAGUCUGUGUCCUCCUUCCAACCCCCUCUUGUAUUUAAUAUGAUAAUCCUGAAUUCUCUGUUCCUCUCUGCUGGCUGCUUUAUCUCUGUCUUUUCUCCUCACAUUGUCACCCUCACCAUACAGCAUCUCCUUCACUCCUAGCUUGCCCCACCCACCCAGGGAAACCCAGCAGUAUAAACCGGGUCAGGUCUUGGUUAUUAAUUUAUGUACCUCAUUAAAAAUGAAUGCACCCUUUGUGUGUGUGUUUGUUGUCAUGUGUGGCGAGGAGUAAGAAACGUUGCCGACCUUGCCGGCAUGACUCCGGCCUCGGCCUCACUAAGAAUGAUUUGGCUGUAACCGAAGCCGGUUGGACCCUUGGUGUCUGAGCUGGUCGUCGCUGAAUAUUUCAUCAGGGUGGUUGCAUGGGAAACCACAUCGGCUCUGCAGUGGGUGGCCUCAGUGUGGGACUGCUUAUCCAUAGGCCUGAUACAAUAGAGCUGAUUUUGUUUUCCAUUCGUGAUUAUGUCCAUUGAUAGAAAACCACUUGGGAGCUUUUUCGACAUUCAAUCAAUAAAGAAGUGUGUGUGCGAGUGUAUAUGUAUGACCCUGAGUGUGUGUGUGUGUGUGUGUGUGUGUUUGUAUUUUUGUCCCUGUAAGAACAAGAAUUUGAGCUUUAGUUGUCAGAGUAAUGACGCAUUUUGCAAUGUGAAGACGCUUUGAUGAUUAAUUUGUGGUUAUUGUUAAAACUGGUUUUAAGUUGAGGUUUUUAUUUGUUUGGUAACUGAUAGGAGGGAGCUGGGAAAUUACCCUGAUUUCCUUUUUACUUGAUCACACUUUUGGAGGCAUUUUACCCUUUAGUAUGUUUACAUCCACUCAAGAGAGCAGGUUUCUCAGAGAAACCAGGUGACAGAGGUAACUAGAAAUGUGUAUAUGAUUAAACACCCAGCUGGACAAAUUCUCUACCCUGGUUCUGUAGAAAUGAUGUUACUAGGGAAAACUAACUGCAGCCUGGUUACUUGCAGUGUAAACCCACUGCUACAAACCUGCAAUGAGAUGUUUCCUACCCCUCAUAGUCAUGUAAAUUAAACAUAGACAGUAUGUUAUACACCUAUUGUCAAAUGUUCCAAACAAGCUGUGGUUCUUACAGAAAGAAUUUCUGUCUUUGGCCCUUUUAUUAACAUUCAAAUGAAUUUGUGUCUCUAAAGUCCGGUUAUUUCCUGAGUCCUGGGUUCAGGAUUUAGACCAGAAUUAGGAAGAUAAAGCUCAUGGUUACUGUUAGACCUGCUAGAACGGUUAGAAUAGGUUAGGAGUGAGAUUUCUAACAUUUUUGUGGUAGAGGGUUUAUGGUGCUCACAAGUGCAGGAAAGAAAUGAGAGAGCAUUUGUGUAAGUGCUUCCUCGCACAUGCACGGGUAUGUAAAUUACAGCACUAGUAUGUUUGUUCAGCUACCAAUUUUCCAGCGUGUGCGUGUAUGUUAGUGUAGGUGGACAUGUGUUUAAGUGUCUGAGAACGCUGCCAGUAACUGGAUGCUCCAAUAUGUCUAUGAAUAUGUCUUGGCAGCCAUAUGAACCACUUGGCUGCCGAGUGGGAGAAGAGCAGAGGAGUGGGAGGGAGAGAAGAUGGGAGGCCUGACCUUGCAGAUGAUUCAGUCAAUGGAGUAAUCACAACUAUUCCUCUGAGCGCGCAGUACAAACAGGAGGUUACCAACAAGGCUGCGCUUCACUUUUGCUGUCUCUUCUUCUUCUCUUCAUUUAUGUUUUUCAUCUGUCAGUUUCACAUGUUUGAGGUUUUUCUGUGGCAGAAUUAUUGGGUCUGGUUUGUAUGGAUGAAAGAGGGUGGGUGUGUGUGUGUGUGUGUGUGUGUGUGUGCGUGCGUGUGUGUGUCCGUGUGUGUGUGAGACACAGCGGCUGUUUUAACUGAUGUCUGUGUGUUUUUACGUGUCUCACCAUGAGCUGGGGAGGGCUUCAAGUGGCUGCAAUAUCUAAUGAGAUUUUUUUUCUCCUCAUAUGCAAAUCUGAUAAUAUCCCAUAAUGCACGUUUAUUAUUUGUGUCGUGUAAUUAAUGUUAAUGCGCCGCCUCUGUGACACAUGGAUUCUUCCCAUAAAGCUAUUGUUUCGGGGGAUUUUUUUUUUUUUUUUUUUAUCCUGGGAGAAAUGAGAAAUAUAAUGUUAUUGUUUCAUUGUAUUUUUAUGACCGUCCCUCAUUGUGUUUUAUUAUCCACAAUACGGUGGUAAAAGAUGACUAAUAUGUAAGCACAGUGCAAUUUUCCUUUUUACAACAGUGCAUCAUUAAGAACCGUUUCUGCUGUUCUCUGUACAUACAAUAUAAACUUUUUCAAUGAAUAAAUUGAGGGUAGUUUCAAUCCUUGUUACAGUAA